UAUUGACAGAUUACAAUGUGUAUAUUUCCGGUGUGCUACUGUGCUUGAAAUGUGUAAAUGUGUACAAUUAUAUGCAUGUUACAAAUUUUUGUAACAAUUAUUAUAACGUUCAUGUGGAUUAUUUAUUGCUACUCUGCUAAUGUUCCUAAUAUAGUACAAAUCUAGUUGAGUCAGUUGAGCAUGACUAAUGCUAAAACAAAACAUAUAGUCUAGAUCUAAGAACAAAAAGAGAAACCAGUAAUACUCAAUUAAAACCAUAAUGUCCUCUAGGCGUGAUGCUACACCUGUAGAGUUAUGUCUCAAUAAAGUUAAAGAAAGACAGCAACAACUGGAUGAGCUCCCUCUGACUGACCACUAUAUUGGCACACAACAAUGCCUCCAAGAACUAAGGAAUGGAUCCAACACAUUUUUAGAAGUGACUCAGAAGGUGGAAGAAAUCAAGAAAAGCAGAGGCCACACUCACAAUAAAGAAUUUGACAAUCUAGAGACAGAACUGUUACUAACAGAGGAUUUGAACCAACAGAAGAAACGUUGUUUGGAGACUGUCUUGUUUGUGUCUGAAAUUGAAAAUUUGCUUCAGAAUGUUGAGUCAGAUAUUGAAGCCAGAGCUUUGUAUCUAAGUCAAAGACCACUAGUGUUUGAUAGUGUUUACAGAGGAGAAGAUGUCCCAGCACAGUCCAAAAUUCAUAAAGACUGUGUCUCAGCUAUACGUAAGAGUUGGUCUUGGAUUCAAACAGUCAAUGAAUGUUUAGGUAUUCACAUUGAAAAUGCUGCUAGCUAUCAUCAGUUCUACCAUGAUGUUCGCCACCUGGAAGAAAACAUGCUUUCAUUCUUGCUUUGGAUGGACAGUUCAACAGUUAGAGCUCAAGUCAAGACUCAAGAUCCUAAUGUCAUGUUAAAACAUUUCAGAUUAAUAAUCAAACAAUUGUUGGACUAUCAGGGCCAGUUAGAUCUUCUGACAGAGCGAAGCAGAGAUAUUCACCCAGUUCAUUACCGCAAAGAACUGCCAGAAUGGCCUUUGAAGGCUAGAGCUCUUGUCCAAUAUCAGCACAAACAUGUGUCAUUAGCAAAAGGGGACUUUGUAAUGAUUUUGGAAAAUUCUGAUGCUGAAAGAUGGAAGAUCAAAACUUUAGAUGGAAUAGAAAGUGAAGUCCCUGCUAUUGUGUUGGUCAUUCCUCCAGCUGAUCCUUCCUGCUUCCAACAGAUUGAUAAAUUAAGAGAACAAAUCAAGGUCAAUAGUUUUAUUGCAGCUAAAAGAUUAAGGUCACAUUUGAUCCAGUUUUUAAGUUCUGCUAUUUCCCAGACACAGUCCAAAGAUCUGGAAGGUUUGUCGGCCCAACAAAAGUAUGAAUUGAUGAAGAUGGUGAAUGAGGCGGCAGACGUCUUGAAAGGAGCUGAUUCAGAGUUCCUUCAACUCAACAAUCUUUUCAUUUCAUUUAGGAAGCUCAUCAGUCAUAUCAAACCAGGUGAUGCUGGAGUCAUAAACAGUACGAUACAGAGGUGGAACAAAACUGGAGCUUUAGUUCGUAUGUUUGUAGAACUUGGCAUCUACUCCAGACAUUAUUCUGAAGAACUCUCAAGUCAAAGAAAAGAAGAAAUGUUUAUGGUUAAGGACAUGGGCUCCAAUUAUACUUACACUUCAAAAGCUUACUUUGAAAGAGUUGUGCCUACAUAUGAAAUUGAUAUAAUAACUAAAGAAACCAAAAUGACAGCAUUCAAAUCAGAUUUGUAUAUCUUUGAGAGAAACAGAGAUAAGACGAGUCACACGAUUAAAAAAACGAAAGCUGACUCAGUUCAAGCAGCUGUUGGGGAAGAUGUAGUAGAUGGACGCCCAGAUGUCAGUUUCCAGUCCACAUUGAAAAAUUUUGCAAUUUCUGGAAUUGUGGAUCCUCGUACCAAACAACGGUUAACAAUUUCACAAGCUUUGGCUAAGGGAGUUUUAAAUACGGACUUUGGUACUUAUAAUAACUUGGAAAAAGGGGAAAUUAUUCCCAUCAUUGAAGCUAUUGCUCGGGGAUAUAUUAGUGUGGAUUAUGAAAAUCAUGAACAGGCACUGAAUGAAUUAGAGACCAAAGUCUACACUGUGUCUGGUGUUGUCAACCCUAAGACUGGAGAAAUUGUCAGUGCAAAAGAAUCCAUUAACUCAGGCUUAUUCAAUCUAAAAACAGGCAAGUUCACUAACCCUGUGACUGGAGAAGAGCUCUCUUUAUGUGAUGCUGUCAGGGCUGGCUAUAUCCUGGCUGAUUCUGCCUUACAAGAUGAAGACAAUCCCUUGUUCAGCACUAGCACUUCCAUUGUACUGGAGGAUGCCAAGUACACAGUUUUGGCUGUAACUAAUCUUUCAACUGGACAGGAUGUUUCCCUUAGUCAAGCUAUUAAGGAUGGAAUCAUUGAUCCAAUUCAUGGAAUUUACAAGAAUAAUUGCACAGGAGAGACAAUGCCUAUAGAGGAAGCCUUUAAACGUGGUUAUAUUAAAGGCAAAUUAUUUGAUCCUUUGCAAGAUAAAGAGGAUGAAAAUGUACUUUGCUACCAACAGCUACAGGUCAAGAAACAAAUCUUGAAAGCUGGUCAACUAGUCGCUGGAAAUCUUCAGUCUUCAGACCCGAAUGAAUUGCUCUUGAACAAGCUGCGUGAAAUAGAAAACACUGCCAAUAUAAUGAUACAAAAUCCAAAGACAGGAAAACCCAUUUCAUUGGAAGAUUCAGUUUUAUCUGGUUGUAUAAAUUUGGCUGAUGGCAGUUUUGAGACCCAGAAUGGAGAAAUCAUUUCAAUAACUGAGGCUUGUGCUCUGGGUUUGAUCGAAGGACAAACAUUAAAGGAGAUCUUGAGGGUUUAUCAACAGCUUAGUUUAGCUAAUCUAGUCAGUUCUGGUCAGUUUGACCCAUACACAGGGCUUGUUACUGAUUUAAAAUCUGGACAAACAUUAACACUACAGGCUGCUGUUGAAAGUCGUGUCAUUGACCCCACAAGCACAUUCUUUUAUGACCUAGCACAAAAUCGUGUCUUGAGUCUUUCUGAAGCUUUUGACACCGGCAGAUUAAAUAAACUAUCAGGUGAAGUAAUUCAUCCUUCUACUGGAGAAAAGUUAAGUGUUGAGCAAGCUGAAUUGAAAAAACAGAUUAAUUGUGACAUCAACCCUGAUGAGAUAGUUGAGCGCCUUGAGAGUCUGGCCUUAUUGCGUAGGUGCAUGGAUACACAUCAACCAGCUAUCAGGGUUCCCAAUGUCCAGCAUCUUGUUUCUGUUGAGGAAGCUGUGACAAUGGGAAUUCUUCAAGUUCCUAAAGCAGCCUACGUGGAAGAAGAAACUGUUGGCCAGGUCCAACUCGGCUUAGCUGUUCAGAUGGAGCGCAUGGAUUCACAAGUAGCUCUGACUAUCUUAGCAGCAUUGGAUAAGCACUCUCUUGAGCAGGAAAUAGGCCAAGGUCAUUUCAACCCCACAACAGGCAUGUAUGUGAAUCCUAAAACCCAGAAACAGUUUACCAUUGAUGAGGCACACAAGAGUGGCCUUUGGAAUCCAUAUUGUGUUUUCUUGGUGGAUACUGAGACAGAUAGUGUCACCUCCCUUGGUUACCUUGCAGAUAAAGGCAAAUUUGAUCCAGUAUCCUGCCACUACUUGAGUGAUACAAUGGACACCUCUAUGACAAUAAAUGAAGCCAUAGCCAAAGGUUUAAUUCUCCCAUACAUUGAACCAGAAAAAUAUGUGGACACAAGCUGUGCUCUUAAAGAUUUGAUUGAUUCAGGAAAAGUCAACCCAAGGACAACAGACUUCAUGGCAGCCAAUGAUCUCAGACUGUCUUUGCGUGAUGCAUUAGCCAAUGGAUUUUUAACCAUGGGUUCAAAGGUCAAAAUUGAUUCUGAAACUGGAGCUGUGGUUUUAGCUUCAAAUGAAAUUGUCGUUCAGUCUUUGAUACAAGUAAAAGAACAAUCUGAUUGGCUGUCAGAUAUUGCCAAUGUUUUGGCAUCACAAGGUCUUCCUAGUGAGAAACUGGACACCCUGAAACGCCAAACUGAAGAUUGUCUUGGUUUGAAAGAAGAAAUCAGUAGGAAUGAACCUGAACUUCGAAAUGUGAUUAGCCAAGCUGAACAGAUUAUGCAAGAAAAUGUUAAAACACAAGAUAAUCAGAAGGUCAAGGAUGAAGUAGCUCAACAAUUUCAGAAACUCAAAUCUAGCACCACUGACCUGAAAGUCAGAUUUGAUAUGGUCAACACAGAAACAGACAAUCGUAGUCAAAAAUUGAGCCAAAUGGGCAGAAACUUAGAAGAAUUGUAUUAUCAAAUGGAGGAGCUAGACCAAUGGUUAGAUUCUGCAAUAGAAAAAACUCAAGAUUUUCAGUUGCCGUCAGUGGAAAUUGACAUACAGUACACAUCCAUGAAGGAACUCUUAGAAGAACUCAAAGAGAGAGAAGAGGAUUUGAGUUCAAUUGUCAAGUCAGCAGAUGCUUUUAAAGAAAACAUUCAGGAUGUAGACAAAGAUGUGGAAAGUUUCCGCAAGAGGCUAGACAUCUUGCCCACUUUGAGGGAAGCUGGUGAUGCUGGUGUGCUAGACGAUGAGUUGGAGAGUAUUGAAGCCAAGUUCAAGGACAUAUCUAAAGAGUGUGCCAAGCAGAUGGAGCGUAUUGGCUCCUUAGCUAAACUCAGCAAAAUAGUCAAUGAACAUAAGGAGAGACUGUCCCAAGCUUAUCCUGUCAUACAAGAAAAUCUGAACAAGUUAAUAGAAGAUGAAGACUUUGGUCUGGACCCUCAUCGAGCUGCAAUAGAUAGAGACAAUCUAAGAAAUAUCAAAUCUGAUUUGAUUGGUCAAGAAAGAAAGCUUAAAGACUUACUGGCUGCUGGGGAUAGACUGGUGUCUGGUCUUCUGGACUCAGAAAGAAAUGAGGAAGCAGAAGAAGUCCAGGCCAUGCUGGAGUUUCUGCGGGAAGAGCAUGACAGAUUACAGGAAGACAUCUCUGAGCAGGAACAGCAAUUAGAUGCAGCCGCCGCGGAGCAACAUAAUGUUUUGGGUCGACUUGAAGGCAUUGAGAUGAGCUUGAGAGAAUGUGAGGAACAAGUUGCUAAUCAAAGGGACAUAAGUCUAGAUAAGGAAAAAUUAUCUCAACAAAUACAGGAUCAGAGACUAGUUAAUGCCAAAAUAGCUAGUAAUCGAAGUCUGUUGGAAAGAUUAUGUUUAGAUGUUGAAGGCAACAAUGAAGCAGAACAAAAGUUAAAGAAUCUUAUGGAGCUAGCUGAAGCACUUGAGACUCAGGCAGAGGAAAGGACUCAAGAACUUGAAGAACUUUUGACCAACAUAGUUGAGUAUGAGUCUAAAGCUGUAGAGUUGGACAGCUGGCUCUCUGAGUCCAUCAAAACUCUCAAGCCAAAAAGUGGAGCUCCUAAACCAACAAAAACAAAGGUAGAAGGUCUGUAUGAAGGUAAGGCAGAGAAAGAUGGAGAGAUGGAAACAUUAAGACAGAUGUGUGAUCAUUUAUCUGAAGCUAGUUGGGUCAAGGAUAAAUAUGCAUUAAAAGAACUGCUGGCUGAUGUAGAGACCAAAUGGAAUGACCUAACAGAACUUUUAGUCCAGCAGGUCUCUUUGGAGGCUUUGUCCGAAAUUGAUGGCAUGUUGAAAUAUUUAGAUAAAGCUGAAAAUGAAAUCAAUACAGCCGAAUCUAUCAGCAUCGAUCCUGAGACUUUGAGUAUACAGUUGAGAGAACACAAGAUAUUCGACACUGAUUUAAAAGGCAAGCGCAAUGCUGUAAAAGACAUUAUCGACAAGUGCACACAUAUGCUUAGAGAGACAGCUAAUUCCCAAUCAGAUGAGAUCAAGUUUCGUCUAGACACCAUUACACAGCAGGCUGACCUAGUUUGUCAGCUGAGUGCUGAUAGACUUCACCAGUUAGAGGCUGCUCUACCAUUAGCUACUCACUACGGAGAAAACCAAACAGAGGUCUGUGCAUGGCUGGAUGAGAUGGAGGCAGAGCUUGUUGCUCAGGGCGAGCCUGGACUAAAUCUGGAGCAAGUGAAAAAACAACAUGAUAAUUUAAAGGCCAAUCAGCAAAUAAUUGAAGAUCGCAAGUUAUUUAUAGAUGAUCUUAACUCCACUGGCCUUGAACUUAUGGAUAUCUGCGCUGAACAAGAUGCAGUGGACAUUCAGAAUAGGUUACUUGACAUUAACAAGAGAUAUGAGGGUUUGAAGUCAAAGGCUCAUACUAAAUCAAGGGAUUUGACAGAUGCAAAACGAAAACUAACCCAAGAGGCUGGAGAUACAUUAGAUCAUUUAAAGGAUGAGUUGGAUGGACUUCAUCAAACUGUCACCAAUGCUGAUCCCAUUCCAUCUUCUCCAGAGAAACUGAGAAAUGAAAUUGAUGAAAAUAAGGCUGUGUUAGAAGAUCUGGAGCAUCAAAAACAAGCUUUAGCUAAAGCUGAAGAUGUUGCUAAAAAUCCCAAGGCUUAUGGUGUUGAGGAUCUUACAGAUGCUGAAGAACUGCGGCACAAAUACAAGGAGAUAUGUGACAUGUCUAAAGAUAUACGGUUGAUGGCGGAGGCUCGAGACAAGAAUCUGACAACUGCUCUGAAACUGUCUGAGAAAUUCUAUGACAUGUCAGUGGAUGUGAUGUCAGGACUAAGAGAUCUUAAAGACUGUAUGUAUAACCAGGAACUGCCUGGCCUUGACCCUGAAGCCAUUAAGGAACAACAAGCAGAACUAGCUGGAUUUAAGAAGGAAUUGGAGAAAGCCAGAGAGCUUGUUGGAGAAUGUCGACAAAUAGGUCACGACCUCUCCAAUGUUUGUGGUCAGUCUGGUGCCAUUGAAAUCCAGAAACAGAUGGAGGAUCUUAGCCACAUGACUGAUGAAGUCAAUGAUAAGAUACGUGACCGAGGUGACGAGUUAAGGGGGGCAUUCCAACAUGCUGAUCAUUUCAAGAAACUAGUUGAUAUUUUCCAACAACAUUCAAACAGUCAGUUGAUUCAGUCUAUCAAUAGCUGGCUUCCUCAAGCAGAACACCAGUUGGCGUUGAUGAAACAACCAUCACCUGACCCAAAUACAUUACAGAGACAAAUUGAAGAACUGAAGGUUUUCAAGUCAGAUAUUCAUCCUCACAUUGUAGACAUGCAACAACUUGUUCAAGAAGCUGCUUCUCUAAAGGACAUUUCUCCUUUAGCUUCUGAAGCCCUGAUGAAACCAGUCAAAGUGUUGAAUGAGAAAUGGUCAGAACUAAUUCGAGGACUCACAGACAGGGAGAACCAACUGACAGAUAUGCAGCUGAAAGUUGGAGAAGUAAAUCAGGCCAUGGAGGACAUCAUUGUGUCACUGGAUGAAGCACAGUCUCAGAUGGAUGCUAUGGAAGAAGUUCAAGGAGAUACCAAAUAUUUGGAGACUCGCAUCAGGAAACUGGAAUUGAUGGAGGCAGAUAUAAAGAAUAAAGACAAGGUUGUACACAAAUUAAAUAAAGCUGUAGAUGACAUGCUACAGCAGAGUGAUGUUAAUGUAACUGAAUCACCGUUACAUAAAAAGAGAAUAGAGAUGAAAGAGAAAUUAAGAAAUACUUCUGCUACCCUUCGUCAGAAAGAAAAUAGGCUUCAAGAGUCUAUCAGAAAGAUAAAGAGGUUUCUUGGAGAGAUAGAUGAUCAACUUGCACAAGUGAAUGAGUUUCGCUCUGAAUUAAAAACAAAUGAACCUUUUGGAGCUUUGCCUGACUCAGCUGAGAAACAGUAUGCUGAAUUUGUGAUUAAAUGUCAACAUUUAGAUGAACAAGAGAGAGACAUUGAACAAUUACUAAAUACCGGUCAGGAUUUGAUUGACCAUUGUAAGUCUGCGCAUGAUGUCCAGGACAUUACUGACCAUGUGAAAAGAUUAAAGGAGAGAUGGACAGAUACAAAAGAUAGAGCCAGAAAACGAAAGGAAAAAAUGGAGGGACACCUUCUCAACGUUUCUCAUUUCCAUGAUACUUUAAAAGUCUUCACUGAUUGGUUGAACAAUGCUGAGAUUUCAAUGAGAGGUUGCAAGUAUCCCAGCAAACUUGUUAAAAUUGUAACCAAUCAAAUAGCCGAACAUAAUACUUUCAAAGCUGAUUUGUUGGCUCAGGCUGAGAAUAUGAACAUGUUGGACCAGUCAGGGACUUACUUAAAAUUUUUUGGCAAGAAGCAAGACACUGUGUAUGUCAAGAAUAUGCAAGUUGGGAUCAGACUGCGUUGGAAAAAACUUUUAAGGAGAUCAGAUGAACGUACUCGAUUAUUAGAGCAAGCCUACAAGGAGGAUAAAAGAUUUGAUGACUCUUGGCAUGAACUUUGUGAUUGGCUAGAUCAAAGCAUGCAGUCCAUGUCAAAGUUUGCAUUGUCAGCCAAUCAACCGGCAGGAACCAAACAAGAUAUUGAUGAACUUAAGAAACAUGAAAUGAUUGUGCGUUUUAAUCAGCAACUAACUCUCAAACACCCUACUUUUUUCUCAACGACAAGAUUGGGAAGAAAUUUGAAAGACCGCUGUGUAAAAUCGGAUCCAGAGAGAGAAAUUUUAAAUCAGAUGCUUGAGGAUUUAAAAAACAAAUGGAAUUCUGUUCGUUCUGUUGUGUCUAGAAGCCAAAACAAGCUGGACGAAGCAUUGCUAAAUUCUGGGCGGGUGUCUGAUGCACUUCAGUCACUUUUAGAAUGGCUCCAGAAAGCAGAGGCGGCGUUAGAUGAAGAGAUGCCCAUCUUGGGUGACCUUGACACUGUACAUAUGCUAAUUGAACAACACAGGAACAUCCAGCAAGAGUUAACUGCUAGAGAAGCAACUGUCCUCACAAUGCGGGCCCCUGGCAACUUACCAGCACAACAAGCCUCUGAACUAGCACAGCUCUGGGAUCGUGUCAAUCAUUUAUGUGAUAUCAGAGAAUCUAAACUUAAAGAAGCUUUGAAAUUGGCUGAAGAGUUUCAAGAUGUUGUUACUCUCAUGAGAGAAUUUCUACCUCAAGCUGAAGCUCAACUCAAAUUUAGAGCAUUACCUGAAGAUGAAAUGGUUAUAUUUCAAUUGAUUGAAAAACAUGAGAAAUUUCAAGAGGAUUUGAGAAACCACCAAGAAAGUGUUGAGAAAAUCAAAGGGUUAGCUGAAGAUAUUUUAAGUAGCUGUCAUCCCAAUGCAGUCAGAUUUGUCAAAUAUUACCUGACUAUAACCCAGACACGAUGGGAUCAAUUGUUACACAGAGCAACUACCAGAGGCCAGAGGUUACAAGAAGCCUUGAGAAAUAUUCAAGGCAAUGCAGCCUUGUUGGAAGAACUGCUAGCUUGGCUAACAGAUGCCCAGGCUUUGCUGGCUACCAAAGAGCGUGACCCCAUACCAGAUGACCUUAAAGUAGUGGAAACUUUAUUAAAGGAACAUUUAGAAUUUCAUGAAGAGGUUACCAGUAAAAAUAAUGAUGCAGAAAGAUUGUCUAAACUUGUCACAUCUGAAUCCAAGAUGGCUGCUCAGAGUAAAGGCUAUGGAAGCAAUAUGAAGUUAAAUGAGUUUGAUGGUUACAACCCAAGAGUAAUAGCCUUACAAAACAAAUGGAGGACAGUAUGGCACAUGUCCAUGGACAGAAAGAAACGUCUGCAAGAUGCUCAUGAUACACUUUUAGAGUUGGAAAGCUUUAAAAACUUUGACUUUGAUCUCUGGAGACAACGAUAUCUUAAUUGGAUCCAGGCUAAAAAGUUUAGAAUAACUGAUUUCUUCAGACGUCAAGAUAAAGAUAGUGAUGGAUUCCUUGACAGAGAGGAAUUUAUAAGUGGAAUGUUGAAAUCAAAGUUCCCAACUAAUCGCACAGAGCUUAGCGCUGUCUUUGACAUCUUUGAUAAAGCAAGCAAUGGGUUUAUCGAGUACAAAAACUUUGUUGAUGCUUUGAAAGCAGAUAGAAAAAAUAGAAUAAAGAACAACAACCGCAGCGCCAAAUCGGAUGUAGAACUGAUUCAUGAGGAGAUAGAAAAAGAGUUGUCUAAUUGUCAAUGCCGCCAGUCUUUUAAAGCAGAAUGGUUGGAAGAAGGCAAAUAUAGGUUUGGUGAAAAACAAAAAACUUGCCUUGUGAGAUUUUUGAAUCAUACUGUUAUGGUCCGUGUUGGUGGUGGAUGGGUGACAUUGGAAGAAUUUCUGGAACAAAAUGACCCUUGUCGAGCUAAAGGUCGCACAAAUUUUGACCUGCGUGAGACUCUAGCUCUGUCGGAUGGUUCCAUUGUUGGUUCUAGACGAGGAAGCAAUAGUGGCAGAACGUCACCUUUCCCCACUGGAGUUCGGCGGCGGCAAAAUGACACUGGCUAUGCCUCUUCCAACUCAUCAGGAAGUAAUGACUCUUCCCUACGUCGAAGUCGAGUGGCCUCCUCCAUGGUAAAUCUAGCCAGCCCUUUGAACAACUCACAUCAUUAUAUGAAUUCAACCCUUAGCAGAAAUGCAGACACUUAUGGUUCCACUGGAAAUUUAAAUCGUUCUAAACGUCUGAGUACUUCAUCUUCAAAUAUUACUGGACGAAAGACUCCAACACCAAUUGGAGGCAAACCAAGGAGUCAUAUCUUUACUACUAGGGCCACUACGCCAACUGUUGCCUUUGGUAGCUCUGUCAGAUCAAGGCCUACGACUCCAACAUUUUCUCCUCACUCUUCCACUCCUCAAAGGCCAGGAAGUGCUACUCCAACAAAAGGUUUAACAGGUCCAGCAGUUGGUCCCCCUCGACAACGCAAGCUGCCCACAACACCGAGGACUCCAACUACCCCAACUCAGCAAACAUCUCAGCAAUUUAGAUAGCUGUUUAGUUGUACAUAGGUGGCUAGCAGCCAACAAUUCCAUUGUUUUAGUUUGUAAUAAGUUUUUCUUGAGAUUCACAUUCCACAAUCAUGGCAAUAGUAGGACAGAGAAUCAGACAUGCAUUGUGGUUGUCAAAAUUAAGAUUCUGGUUGUACUAAUUGACAAAUUAUUGUGGAUAACCUAACCCAAGCUGACAAGAAAUAGUGUCUCAUUGUGGGAAUAAGUUGUUGACUGUUAGCAUUGCUUUGAAACAUGGUGCUUACCAAAUGUUAAGGAAUUCAUUCAUUACUAUUAUUGCCUUCACUGUAACCUUUUAGUUUGUAUAUCUCUAUGGUAAUGGAAAUAAGAGUAUAUCAUUUCAACUUUACAUAUAUAAUUGCAUUGUCUCAUUUGUCUCUGGUGGGUGGGUCUCUAGACUUUGUAUACAAAAAUAUCUAAUUAUGUUACAUGGCUUUUUCAAAACAAAUUUUUUUUUUAUUAUUAUUAUUAUUAUUGGUUAUUAAUUAUUUAGAUAUACACUUAAAUGGGAAUCAAAAUUUUUAUUGCUUUAUUAUUAUUCCACAUUUAAACUUUUAUAAUAAGUCUCAUAUAAUCCAAGUUUUUAUAUUGUUAUUUUUUUAAACCUAAUUGAACCAAUAGUAAAUGUAAAUUGGAGUUUAAAAAAGAAAUCUUUUUUUAAGCAGUUGGAAGUGAAAGUAUUAUGAUAAUGUUACAUUAGUAGUGUUGUGUCUAAAUAUUUAAAAAAAAAUAUUUUUAUGAAUGGAAAACAAAUAUUUUUUUUACUUUUAUUUUAGAAUAAACUUGUGAUGCAUUUCUACAGUUCAUGAAAAGUUUUAAUGUUACACAUUUGUUUUAUUGUCAUAUUUUUAAUUGUAUGAAACAAAUAUUGAAUCAUCUAGUAAUUUUCUUAAGAUUGAGGAGACUAUACAUUCCAUAUAUGUCCUAUCUAGACAUGAUAUAUGUCUUUAUAUAUCAGCAUAACAUUCCAUUCACUUUUUGUUUGUUUCCUAAAUGAUCUGAUGUGUCUGUUACUUAUGUACAAUGAAAUUGAUGACUAUUAUCACGUUCAUUCCAAAAAUAGUUGUAUAUUUUUAUAAGCUUAUGUAAUGGUACUGGUUUAUACACCCUGGUGGUCAAAGGGAGCAGAUUCUAAGUCCAUAUUGCCAGCAUUUCAUUUUGCUACCUGUUGUAUUUUUAGAAGCUUUAGUUGAAAACAAAAAUAAAUAAUUUUCAUACCCAGCUUAGCAUAUUGUAGUAGAGAUAUAAUCAUUUCUCUUUAUACAUUUAUAAUUCAGUCCACCAUACCUUUUUUUUAUACCAAAUAUGCUAUUAACAAAAAAUAUAACAUUUUAACCCAAAGUCUCUAAAAUAUCCCUCAAUAUAAUAAUCAUAUUUAUUAUAAAUUCUUGUGUCAAAUCUUAUUUUGUCCCAUUAAAGACGUUUUCAAUUAUAUCAUAUCCUUUUAAGCAUUUCAUAUCCUCAGGUCCAAUUUAUGUCCUGUCUAGAAAGUUUUUUUUUUUUUUUUCAUGAACAUUAUUUGAAUAUUCUUUCUUAUUCACUUAACAUAUCAUUUGUAACUUUUUGUAUAUUCAGUCAAAGUACAUUAGGUAAUAAUUGUCCCAAAUUUUAUUUCAUUCCAUUCAUAUUUUUGCUUUUUUUUUAAACUUCAUCCAAAAUAUUUUGCUCUAUAAAUCUGUAAAAGCUGAAAUUAAAGUCUAAGUGUGCCUUGCAAAAUUUAAGUCAAAUGAAGAACUGGACCCAACUUUUAUCUCAUAAAAUACUGACAUUAUGUUUCAUAUGGGUGAACUGAAGAUCAGUAGGUCUUUUUUAUCUGCAUUUCAUUUCCAGUGCUCUUAUUGUUAUGACUACCCUAUACCUUUUUUUUAAUAAUGGCCAGUAAUACUUGUGUAGCUUUCAGACUUCUAGCAAAUUGUUAGUUUACAUUAAAUGUCUAGUAAUAUUUCUUCAUGAGUAAAUACUUUUUUUUUUCAUCAUUCAUUGACUAGUAGUAUCUAGAAUCAUAUUUUGGCCUUUUUUCACGUAAAGAUUACCUAUAAUUUAAUGGUGAUCUUAUUGUUGGUGCUCUUGAUAUCUUUUUGGCCAACUGUAUUUUUGUAGAAUUUAUUUAUUAUCGAAAAAUGAAUUUGAAGUUUGUUUGAAAUGUUCUGGUUUGGCUAUCUUUUAAGAAUUUAAUGGUAACAGUGCGUCAUUCUAAAAAUGUAUCAUGCCUUGUAUGAUUAAAAGGUUGUCAUAUAGUAUGUACCUUAAAUUUAGUUAGUCAUUAAGACUGUAGUGGUAAUAGCACUUUAUACUACAUGUGAACAAAUGUAUUAUGCCUGUAUAAAUAUAAAUUAAAAGGUUUUCAAACUGG